GUGAAAUUGACCCUAUGCUCCAGCUGCAAGCCCCAGGCCGGGCUGUGCGUGCUAUGGCUGAGUGGGCAAAGCAGCUUGCAGGCAUUAAGGGCGUGGUGCUAGAUAUCAGUGGGGUCUUGUAUGACGGUGGAGGAGAAGGAGGCGGGGUUCCCAUCCCUGGAUCUAUAGAAGCUGUGGAAAAGAUCAAAGCGUCUGGCCUGAAGUUACGGUUCUGCACCAAUGAAACCCAGGCCACUCGAGGCAAGUUUGUGGCGAAGCUCCAGCGCUUGGGGUUCAACAUUUUGGUGAAUGAAGUCACUGCCCCGGCACCUGCAGCCUGUCGCAUUCUAAAGGAGCGAAACCUGAGGCCACACCUCCUUGUACAUGAUGAUCUGGUCCCUGAAUUUGAUCAGCUUGAUAAAGCAAACCCAAACUGUGUGGUGAUUGGAGAUGCAGCAGACAAUUUCUCCUACAAAAAUCUCAAUGAAGCUUUCAGAGUUCUGAUUGGACUGGAGAAUCCUAUUCUCAUAUCUCUGGGAAGAGGGCGCUAUUAUAAAGAAACCGAUGGUCUGAAACUUGAUGUUGGAGUGUAUACGAAGGCUUUAGAGUAUGCUUGUGAUGUUCAAGCCGAGGUGGUGGGAAAGCCGGCAAAAAUGUUUUUUCAAUCAGCCUUGGCAGAAAUGGAAGUUGAGCCACAGCAGGCCAUCAUGAUUGGAGAUGAUAUUGUGAAUGAUGUAGGAGGCGCCCAGCAGUGCGGUAUGAGAGCUCUACAAGUACGGACAGGGAAGUACAGUUAUGAACAUGUAACUAUGGGGAAAACCCAGUUGUGGGUUUUGAAGGCCUGACAUCUACUGACACCCAAAGCUGGAGUUGGGAUGGCCUCUGAUUUGUGAAAUGUAAUUUACACUGACUGUAGCAGCUAGAAGAAGAGGAAAAAUGUUGGACCAAAUCCUCAAGCAGGUGUGAGUGGCUGUAACUCCACUGAAGUCAAUGGAACUAUGCCAGUUUACACCAGCAUGGGGCCCGGUGCUUUGUCUUUAUAACCUAAAUCUUGGUUGUCGUCUGAUUAUGGAAGCCUCGGUGCCAAUAACCUCCGUUAGCACCUGAAUUUAGCUAUUUGCACCUACUCGUCAGGUCUCCUAAGGUCCUAUCAACUUUUAUGUUCUUAACAGCACUUCUGACUAUUCUUUUAAAAAUAGUCCCACAAAUGCAAUUACUUUUUUCCCCCCAACAGCACUGAAGUGAAAAAUGUGCACAAAUGAAUGAAUCAUUUACACUUGACAAAGCUCCCAUCUAGGAACAGUUCUAUAGCUACUCACUGAUAAAGUCCUAAAAGAUACUCCAAUGCCAUACACUAAUCACAUCACUAGACUUGGCAACUGACCUUGAGGUAGAAAAUUGUUCUGCAUAGUCUUUUACAGCAGGCAACUCUUGCAAG